CUCACAGGCACAUGUGUCGUUUUCAUAUCGGCCGUCUCCUCUGAAUCUAUCGUCUUGCUUGGAUUUGCUGGUAGUCAUGAGUUCAGAAGCAGGGACCAGCGAUAAUGGCUCGCUUGACUCGCAACUCGAAUGGGAACUGGAGGAAGGGAUCCCGCAGGUCGACGAUCCCUUCAUCCAGAAGUAUUAUGCGGGCAGGCAAGCACUGAUAGAGCAAGAAAAGAAGCAGCGGCACGACCGUCUCUUCAAACAGACAAUGACACCUAUCGCCAAACAAGCCGCAAAGAUUAUGGCCUCAAUCCGGCGGCGGGAGCUGAGCACCGUCUGGACAUCCGAGUUUGAAGAAAGUCUCAUGGACAAGAAUGGCGGCAACCUGUAUCCUGGAAUGAUGUUCACCUUGGCCCGCGACCGCAUUGAGACUACUGAGCUGUGGAAAAUCAUUGAGCGGAUGCCCAAGGGUGCUUUACUGCAUGCUCACCUUGAUGCCAUGGUUGAUAUUGACUGGUUAGUCGAUCAGGUCCUUGCUGAGAAAGGCAUUUGUAUCCUUGCUUCUGAGCCGCUCAGCGACAGGGACAAAAGAAAUUCAGGCUUUCUUCAAUUCCGCUACUAUCCCGAGGAGGAGUUUCAGAAAAAGCAAAAGACCCAGGCCGAUAUUUGGGACACGACAUACCACCCUAACACGCCCAUUCCAAUACGAGAGGCACAGCGGUCAUUUCCUGACGAUGAUACGACGUUUAAGAAAUGGUUGAUCAGUAGAUGCACCAUCACGGCUGAGGAAUCUCUAUGCCAUCACCAUGGACUUGAUGCGAUCUGGCGGAAAUUCCAGAGUACCUUUCCGGUCAUUGGAGCGAUGCUCUUCUACGAACCUAUCUUUCGGCGAGCCAUAGCCCGGCUGUUGGGCCAGUUGGCGGCGGAUGGCAUCACUUAUGUGGAUUUCCGGGCUGCUUUCAAGUUUGAAUAUCGGAAGACCGGACAGUCGCACGGGCAGGUUGGUCGGUUUGACGACUUCUUCGUGGCUUUUGGUGAGGAGAUUGAAAAGUUCAAGAAAACAGAGGCGGGCAAUAAAUUCACCGGUGCACGCAUGAUUUGGACGGUGAUCAGGAAUCAGGAUAACCGAGCCAUUGCCGAUGCCAUGAAGGAGUGCAUUCGGAUGAAGAAGAAAUUUCCCCAUCUGAUCUGCGGCUUCGAUUUCGUUGCACAGGAAGAUCGUGGCAGGACUUUGCAGGACUUGACGCCGAUGAUAUUCUGGUUCAGGAAGCAGUGCGCCGAAGCAGGAGUGGAGCUUCCUUUCUUUUUCCACGCCGGCGAAUGCCUCGGAGACGGCGAUAGUACCGAUAACAAUUUGUUCGACGCGAUCCUGCUGGGAACAAGACGCAUUGGCCACGGCUAUUCGUUGUACAAACACCCGUUGCUGAUCGAUAUGGUUAAAGAGAAGAAAAUCUUGAUCGAAAGUUGCCCCAUCUCCAACGAGAUCCUACGGCUGUCGAGUUCUAUUCUUGCCCACUCGCUACCAGCAUUACUCUCCAGAGGCGUGUCGGUGUCGCUGAACAACGAUGACCCUGCCAUCCUAGGUCAUGGUAAGAAUGGCCUGAGCCACGAUUUUUGGCAGGCAUUCAUGGCCUUUGAGAACCUCGGCCUAGAAGGGCUAGGAACAAUGGCCGAAAACUCCCUCAAAUGGAGUGCCAUUGAAGAUCAGAAAACGGCGGAUUGGACCAGGACUAUCGCGGAGGGAUACAUGGGAAAGGGCACCAAAGCAAGAUUGCUCAGAGAAUGGCGCUCCGAGUUCGAGAAGUGGUGUCAAUUCAUCGUGAUGGAGUACCCGCUGGAAACAGACAGUGACGAAGAUGACGAGGAAGACGAGGAAGAGGAAGAAGACGACGAUGAUGAUGACGAGGCUGAACCAGAAGAAGAUGAUGACGAAGAUGACGAUGAAUGAGACGAGAUCACAGCAGCCAUAACCGCAGCUAGUGGUGCAACUUUGCCUGCCUAUUGCAUUUAUCAUGGUGUUGUAGGACAGUAUGUAUUAUUAGAGUAUGAAGCCACAUGUUGUCUCGUCGUCGCAGAAGUCGUAUACUGUAGGUAUGUGCCUAGGUAGGUAGUAGUAAAGGGGCCAGCGACGACUCGACAGCUAGACUAGCUUACUAAUUAAUCAUUUCCGC